AUGUCGCAACCACCCUACCAAGGCUAUGAACACGCCGACCCAAUCCAUACUGCCCGCGGCGAAGUGGGUGGCGGCUCCUCAACUGGCGCCCAAGGCAUCCCAACAGGCCUCCACGACACACGAUCCGAUUACGAUGAAUCCAAGGGCUACAACUCUGCCACAGGAGCCAGUUACUCGCGAGCAUCGGCAGGAGGACCGACCCAGACCCACCAGCGACCGCUCUCACCGUCGCCUCGCAGCGAUGACCGGAUUGUAGGGGAUGCGCCGCUCCCGUACACGGCCAGUACAGCGCAGCGCGCGGAAAUGGGUGAUCGUUCGGCUCAUGGGACUCAUGGGUCUCAUGGACGGUCUGGUGAGAAGUUCGGGGAAAGAGUGAAGGAAGCUUUCGCGUCGGUUCAUGGCGCUGGAGAAUCAUUGCGUGGAAACUUGACCACCGCUGUUGAUCGGGCUUUUGGGUCUGAGGAUGGUGCUGAGCGGAAUCAAGAGAUUGCGAAUAGAGGCGAGGAGGAGUUUCGGACUGGUCAGUUUGUGGGGCACAGGGACCAUAGAACAUAA